UUUCGUAGCGGUUUUAGUAUAAAAGCCAAUUUAUUCUGGGCCUCAGUGUUAAGUGUUACUCUGUUAUCAUUCUGUUAUUCUUUUUUGUCUCCAACUCUGCUAAAUUUUUUAUUUUUCAAAAUCCGUAUGAUUAAGUACAUUUUAAGUGCUUUAUUUAAAUUUUCUUCAAAAAAUGCUUAAUUCUUUGCCUACAGAAACGAAGAUUGAUAUUUUUAAAUUCCUCAGCUAUGCGGAUUUAUGUUCAAUCAAACGAACAAAUUUAUAUUUUCGCGAUUUUAUUUAUGAAUUUGAAGGGGACCUUGCAUUGGAGAAAUUUUACGAAAUUUCAAUUGAUUAUUUUCAUCGAUUUAAUGAAAAUCCUCAUAAAUUAAUUAAACCAAAUGCUGAAAAUUUCAAUUUUCAAUUAAAUGAACAACUUGAAGAGAAGUGGGAAAAUGGAUUAGAAGAACCGAUUCCUUUGUAUUCAUCUAUGAAUUCAAACGAAAAUAUUGUUAUUCAAUUAGUUAAAGGUAGUUAA